UAAUUGCUACUCUCCCCGGAAGCGCUUUAGUCAGGAGCCAAACAAAUGUGUAGAAAACGUACAGAGCAAUGAUUAUGUGAAAUUACAUCAACUCGGUGCAAUAUUGUAAUACAUUGUCCACAUUAACUGGACAUUUGUAAGAAACAAGUGAUACUUCUUUUCGUAUUGUUUGGCUACUAGCUGCGAUGGCAGCGUUGAUUCCUCCACUGAGUUGGGCCCCUGCUUUAAGUCACAAGCAACGCAAGGCCGCCUCGAGGAAAGAACGAAGAAAACGGAAACGCCAAGCAAUCGCCCAAGCCAGAGAAUGUGCUUUACAUAAUGGAGCAACUGUUGAUCCUCCUGACGAAACCGAAGAAGAUGAUGAUGUUGAUGCCGGUAUUGUUGAGCAGGAAAGGCAACGGCUGCAUGAAGAGUGGUUGGAGCGCGAGCAUCUCGCACAGGAGGAGUUCAGGCUGAAGUCGGAGAGGGAGGAGGCUGCGAGGAAACGAAAAGAGGAUGAGGAGCGGCGGAUAAAGGAGGAAUGGGAGGCCCAGCAGAGGAGAGAACAAGAAGAAAAAGAACUGAAGCAGCAAGAGAAACGAGACAGAGAGGAGGCAGUUCAGAAAAUGUUGGAUGAAGCAGAAAAUCAGCUAAGUAAUGGAGGACCGUGGAUGAAUCCCGAGGCUCCAGUCACAGAGAGAUCGGAAAAUUUUGGGACCGAGCGAGAUGCAGCCAACUGCUCGUUCUUCCUCAAGACCGGGGCCUGUCGAUUUGGGGACAGAUGUUCUCGAAAGCACGUCUAUCCAUCGACCAGCUCCACUUUGAUGAUACGGGGUAUGUUUAUAACAUUUGGCAUGGAGCAGUCUCGACGUGAUGACUACGAUGGGGAUGCUUGUCUGGAACACAGCGAGGAAGAAUUGCAGGAGUCCUUUAUUGAGUUCUACCAUGAUGUUCUACCAGAGUUUAAGACUGUUGGCAAGGUGGUGCAGUUUAAGGUCAGCUGCAACUAUGAGCCACACUUGCGAGGGAAUGUUUAUGUUCAGUUUGACACUGAGGAGCAGUGCAGAGAGGCCUUCAUCAAGUUCAAUGGAAGGUUUUACGCUGGCAAGCAGCUUCACUGUGAGAUAAGUCCUGUAACGCGGUGGAAGAAUGCUAUUUGUGGGCUGUUUGACAGAAAGAGGUGCCCCAAAGGGAAACAUUGCAAUUUCCUGCACGUGUUCCGAAACCCCGGCAAUGAAUUCUGGGAGGCUGACAGGGACCUGCACAUAUCACCAAACCACAGCAUCAGGGGCAGUCACUCAGAGAGACAAGGAGACCGAUCGUGGCGACACCAUCACUGGAGCAGAAGCCCUCUGACGUCAGAGAGAUCCUAUAGCAGACGAGAAGAUGACAGACACAGUGAGAGGAGUGGAAAGAGCAGAACGGCCCAGUACCAGAGAGACGAAAGACGCUCCUUUGGGUCAGCGUAUUAUGACAGGGGGAGGGAUAGGUACCGAAGCAGGAGCAGAGAUAAGUCCAGGAGUAGAAGUCGAGACCGAAGCCACCGAAGGAGUAGAGAGAAAGACAGAAAGGAGAACAUUAGGAAUAAAAGCAAAGAGAGAAAUAGUUUGGAUAAAAAUGGGGACAUAAGACAUAGGUCGAGACAAUCCAGCAGAGAUGCAGAAAAAAAGAAGCAACCUCAAGAAAAGAGUGUUAAUCGAAGCCCGGAGAAGAAAGAAGCAAACAAAAGCCUUCCCGAUGAGAACACUAAUCGACAUCGCCACCACAAGCACACGAAAAAGAGCAAGAAGAAAAGCAAGAAGAAGCACAAGAAGAGAAGCCAUUCACCUAAUGUGAUGUCUUCAUCUGGAGAGUCAGACAAGGAGCCAGAGGAAGAGACUGUGGACAAACACUCAGUAAAAAGUCCAAGUGGCCAAAAUGAGGAGCUCCUUCAGGAAAACAAUGACUUAAGUGGAAAUCCAAGUACUGAUGGCGAGAAAAGUUGUGAUCUACCAAUGGAAAGUGACGGAUGUAUUACCAAAGUUGAACGUGGACUUGAAAACGAGCACACAAAAAGUGAUUCUUAGUGUUUUGUCGAAGACACAUUGAUUUUAGAUGAAGGUGGUUAAGUUAUGGCAGAAAGCCCGGCAAUGACAUAUUCAAAUGAUACGCCAAGUUUUCUCAAAGACACAAAUUCCAAAGGAACAACGUUCCAAAAUCGGCACGAAAAUGAUUCAAAAAACAGAAUGACACAGGAACCUGAGGUCGAAUCCUUCUUAAAUUUUGGAAUGUAACCAAUAUUUUCAGGGAAAACGCAAGAACUUGGGAAUUUGAACAACCGUUGUGCAGCAAGUCACCGUGUCAACUCGGCAAUAGUCAGAGGAUAACUUUCUGCAUGUUUUGCUUUUUCUUUGGCAACAAUAAUUAAAAAAGGGAUUACGUCACAUGCAGCAGAGUGCCCUAAUGCUGGCCAAUUUAAUGGCCCAAUAAAAACCAAUGAAAAUGAGGACAUUUUGAUCACUUAAAAAAAAAACAAACAAUUACACUAAACAGGAUGGCCAGGACAGGACGUUUGGUCACCCGACUACUAUUCAUUAUUAACAUGUCAAAGCUCGUAAGGAUUGUUGAGCAAAGCAAGAAUCUCAUAGAUUUGAAAGAACAUGGUACCCUAAUAGGAGUGAGGUAGUUAUGUCAAAGGUCCCAUCAUGUUCCUUGUUAUUAAAUAGUUCAUAUUCACAUGUAGAAACAAAAAAAUCAGAAACGUCCUGACUGCAUAUCAUUGAUCACUUCACAGCGACAUGUUGUUAUAAAUGUUCUGGGUCCUAGACUAUUAACUACGGUACAUCCCAGGAGAAUUGCAAAAAAGACAACAGUGGUUUCAGUUUGAAGACAUUUAUUGUUAAAUAUUCUGUCAAAUGUAAGAACCAUUUGUAAACAUGGUGGUUGGUGUUGAAUAAAAAAAAACAGUGGUUUCUUGUGCAGAAAUGAAAGCUAAACUUGAUUUGUUGAAUGAAUACGUGUAAGUGAGAAUGUACAAGUAUUCACAAUAUAUUGUCCUGCUGCAUACUGAAAAGUGAAGAAGUUGACGGCAAAGCCCAUGUAUAAAGAGUCACUUGUGCGGAGAUGUGAUGAUGUGCACUUAUGCUUCUUAAGUUUCCCUUGACAGGUAAAUACAGUACCUUAACAUAUCAUUCAUUGGAUUCUGACCGCACAUGUUUUUUGUACGUAUAUUGUGGCCAGGAAAUAUUUUGCUCCAAAGAUCUUGCAACACUAACUCCCUUUUUUUGUUGGGGUCACCUUCCGUAGACACCAUUAAUAAUGUAAAACACAGUGUUCUUUGGUCAUAUAUGUUGGUGUUUAAAUGUAAACCAAAGCAUCAUCGUAAAGAAAAUAGAGCUAUUUCUAUCAGGGUCACUUAUUCUGACUUGAGACUUAAAUUUCUUCUGGACAUUUUAACACAAAGUAAUGAAUUGAUGUUUACAGAUAUAACACUGCAGAGAAACGACACAUUUAACACUAAGUCUUGAAAUGACACAAAUUACGUGGGAGGUGUCACCAACAGCCCACUUAAGUACUGAGGUGCUGUUUGCACACAGUAUGUUGGCCUGGGCAUAUCUUGCAUUAUGCAUUAUAACUGCAUUAAAUUGACAGCUAUGCAUCUGCGUCUUUAUAUGUACACUUCAAUUUUAUUUGACGUUAUAUUUUCAUGAGCUACAACAGGAGGUGACGAUUGAGCUAAUAAUUGAUAAUGAUGCAGUGUGUAUGUUUAGUUUGAUGCUGCUACAUUGUUCUUUGAGAUGUUCCACAAAUAAAGUGUAGUUUUAUCAUCCAGCAGACUGGGGGGGUUGCUACAGAGGAGACACGUUGAAGCACACUUGGCAUCACAGUCACAAGACAUUGCAGCAUAGCACAGUUCCGAAUAAUACAGCAAAGACAUGUCGAUUACAUACGUACAACACUGAUACUGUAAACGGGAGAGAACAAGAUGAGGGGUAGCCAGGUCAGUGUUGGUGUGGUAAAGUGACAUCUAUGUCAGCCCGAUUUCCUCUAAAACGCUGCGUGGGGCCUCCGCCUCCUGUAAAUGUAGAAGAGACACAUCACAUUGGUGUGGGUUCAUGCAGAACCUGUUUUCUCCACUUUUGUCAACAAAGCGAAAUGUUUGCCAUUUUCUUUAAUUUCUCAAUGAGCAAUGCAGAGUCUGGAUAUGGAUAACAUGUAUAAUUUCAUCUGACAAGUUUUUGUUUGGCCUAGCGGUUAGCAUGUUGGCCUCAUAUUGAGGAGAUCGUGGGUUCAUAACCGAGUUUUAAUAUUUCUGUGGAAUUUGCAUGUUCUCUCUGUGAGUACAUGGGUUCUCUCAGGGUACUCUGGCUUCCUCACACUUUCCAAAAAGUUCCUUUCUAGCUUAAUUGGAGAGGCUAAAUUAGUGGUCGGCAACCCGUGGCUCCGGAGCUGCAUGCGAGUCUUCAGCCUCCUUGUUUUUUUAUUUUCUCUCUUUCUGGUGAAUACGUCACUACUACACGAAAUA